GUGAGGACGGCUCAGCAGCAGGUGACAGGUUCAUUCACGACAGAGACGUAGAUUGGCUCCGACAGUGUGACGUGGUGGUGGCGGAGGUCACGCAGCCGUCUCUGGGGGUUGGUUAUGAACUCGGCCGAGUCGUCAACAUGAAGAAAAAAACCUUGUGCCUGUUCAGGCCGUCAACAGGACGCGUUCUGUCGGCCAUGAUCCGAGGAGCGGACAACGGCGAGUGGUUUGUGGUGAGAGACUACAGCGAAGACGAGGUGGAGAACCGUCUAGCCGAGUUCUUCAACACGCUGAAGAGAACCUGAAGAACAUCUGUUCAGCACAAAAUGAUCAAUAAAGUUUAC